UGCAUUGACUUGCUUAUAUAUAUAGCCAUAGCCAGUUAGCCAUCCAUGAGAUUGAGACCAGCCAAAGCCCAAGCAGCUUGCAUUCACAAGUUUCAUGGAGAUGGAGUACGGCACGCCGCAGCAUUUCAUGUGCCCGAUCUCGCUGCAGCCGAUGCAGGAUCCCGUCACCUCCCCCACCGGCAUCUCCUACGACCGCCGCGCCAUCCACCGCUGGCUCGCCGCCGGCCACUCCUCCUGCCCCGUCACCGGCCACCCCCUCUCCCUCUCCGACCUCACCCCCAACCUCACCCUCCGCCGCCUCAUCCACUCUUGGCACCACUCCACUACUACGCCAUUUCCCGUCGAGCGUUCGACGCCGUCGCCGCCGCCGCUUCGGGAGGUUGACGACGACGACGUCGUGGAGAGGCUGGUGAUGGAGAUGGAGGGUGGUGGUGGUGGUUCUUGGUGCCCCCCGUCGUGUGACUUGCUCCGCGAGGCGGCGGCGGUCGCGGCGGGGAGCGGCGUCGCGCGGAGGCGCAUGGUGGGCGCCGGCGUGCUCCGCCGCGUGCUGCGUUUGGUGGUGUGGUGUGGCGGGAGGGGGUCGUCGUCGGGUGAGGCGGCGGUGAUGGUGGAGAUGUUUGAUGCGUGCCUCGCUCUCUUCCACGCGCUCGACGUCUCCGCCGACGAGCUCCGCCCGCUCGUCGCCGACGGCCACGACCUCGUCGACGCGGUGACGCGCGUGAUGGCGACACUCGAGGCCGGCGACGCGAACGCGACGAGGGCGAGGGAGAGCGCGGUGCGGCUGCUGGAGGCCGUGACGGAGGCCGCCGACGCGCCGGUCCUGGAGCGGCUGAGCCCGGAGUUCUUCUCCGCCGCGACGGCCGUGGUGCGCGACCGCGGCGCCGUGUCCCCGGGCGCGGCGCGCGCGGCGGUGCGGGCGCUGGCGAACGCGUGCCGCGCCCGCGCGAGCGGCGCCUGCAGGAACCGCGCGCUCGCCGUGGACGCCGGGGCGGCGCGCGAGGCCAUCGAGCUGGAGCUCGACGCGUGGUCGUCGCCGCAGGCCCCGGGGGGGCGGCGCGCCACGGAGGCCGUGAUGGCGCUGCUGGCGGAGCUGUGCGCUUGCGCGGAGGGGCGCGCGGCGGUGGCGUCGCACCCGGCGGGGAUCACGGUGGUGGCGAGGCGGGUGCUGCGCGUGUCGGCCGCCGCCGACGCGUGCGCCGUGCGCGUGCUGGCGGCCGUGGCGGGGCGGGCGGCGUCGCCGGAGGUGCUUCGCGAGAUGGCGCGCGUCGGCGCCGUCGGGAAGCUGUGCUGCGUGCUGCAGGCAGAGUGCGACGCCGGCGUGAAGGAGGCGGCGAGGGCGGUGCUGAGGAUGCACUCCGGCGUGUGGAGCGGAUCGCCAUGUGUCAGCGCUUACCUGCUGUCUCGCUACCUCUAAUUAAGCAAGCAUCUACGUAUUCGGAAUGCACUAAUUAAUUUUUUUUCUUCCAGUUUUGGCUGGAGUUUAACUUAUUAUAGUAAAUUUCUAUCAGAUUCAUGCGUUUCAAAGGAUGCUUGAAACGUUUUUAACUCAUACUCUCUCUGUUAUAACCAUAUUCAUCCGUAGAGUUGAUUUUAUUUUGGGACA